GACGUAUUGUCGGGGUCGGUUAACAAAGGUGUGUGCAACUGUUCUAUUGGAAUGUUUGUAAAGUUCUCCUGAAAGAUUUUUGGGAUUUUCUUUCGUAAAAUUAACUGAUUGACUCCAAAAAUGGCUGGUGCUAUUAAAGGGUCAACUUUUUUAAAAGGUCUUGCAGUCGAAAAAAAUCCCCACCUAAAACUUACUGCCAAUUAUCAAAAACUCCUUUACGCUCUUGCUAAACUACCAGAAACAUCAGCUUAUAGAAGACACACUGAAAGUAUUACAAAAGAAAGACUUCAUCAUGUUCAAACGACUCCUAACAUCGAAGAGCUUGAAAAAAAGAUUGACUGUGGUCAAGUUGAAGAGUUAAUUGUACAAGCUCGAAAUGAAACAAUGUUAGCUCGUAGAAUGAGCGUUUGGAAACCAUGGGAACCUCUAGCUGAGCCACCACCACCAAAUCAGUGGACUUGGCCACCAACAAAGUAGAAGGAGAAAGAAAUAGAGAAGAGUGGGAGAGGUGUGGUGAUGCGGUUUUGUGCAAGUGAGAUGAUGUGAGUGAACAGAGCACGAUGUGUGUGGAGGUAGAGAGUAACGAAGGAAAGGAGGAGAGCUCGAGUUCUGAGAGAACGCGCGACUGUCGCACUUGCCUCCGAGACAUCGUUGACGCAACACUGCGCGCGUGUUUCUCGUCGAGGAUGUAAACAAAGUUACGAUCGUGUGUUCAUGUUUACGCAUGUUUUCCCUUUCUUUCUUAUUGUUGUUAUUAAACGACAAUCAUAUUAACGGGAACAGUUACAAGGAUAUUGAAGAACCAUUUGAUGUCUUUAAAAUAAAAUCGAUAAUUGACGGAUUGUAAGUGAAUAUUACUAUCAGAUAAAAUUUAUACAAGUGUUUUAAAAUUGAAACAGUAUAUAACAAUCGAAUUUAAAGAAAUUCCAUUUACGUUGGCGAAUGAUUAAAUAAUUCUUACAAAAUACAAUCUUGAUUGUUGAACUUUUUUUUUAUUUAGUAAAGUUGGCUGCAAUAAGCCGAGUAAUCGGGCAGAUUGUUGCUGUUGUGGAGCGGUUUUUACACAGUGAAUAGUAUUGUUCGGCUUUGUUCGUUUGGAUCACCGUGGACCUUUUACUGUCGAGAACACGCCGCGGGUACAGUGAACCCCUAGCGUUCGUUGUCGGUCUAUCUGUGUCGGAUUGAAAUAUCGGUGGCGCCGUGGGAAAGGGAUCACCGGCACGCCGAAGGCUCCAUUAUCGGUAAGUGUCGAUUUCAUUUGUAAUGCCCUGAAAUUCGCUUUCGGACUCUAAUGAACUAGAGUUAUCAAUUUCUGCAUGAUUAUCCGCGAGAAUAUCUAAUCAUUUGAAUGAGUCUGCAUUCAUUAACGUAUUGCGAAGUUAAUUCAUCAACUACUAGACAUGCUUCUACAGCAGUAGACGAUUAAUUUAUGGGUAUUAGAGACAUUUUUUGCGUGCGUGUUAUUGUAUCAGAAGGUCUUGAUCAACCACAAAUGUUUCUUUCAAAUACUUUGUAAACAAUAACAUCUGUUAUUACUAAUACACAUUACAUAUUUCAUUCGAAUACCAAGUAUUUUUAUGACCCUAGUGUUGAUAAAAAAAAUUUGUAGUUUUCUAGUUGAGUUACAAAAUUGAUAUUGAAUUGACAAUUCGGAGUAGUUAUAGAGAUAAAUAUAU